UCUAGAAGGGAAUCCAAGAAGUAGCGGUUCACUUUUUCAGUCUAUUCUUUAAAAAACGGAGCUACAGAAGUUAACAACUUGUAAUUUGAAUAAUUAGUAUAUUUGAAAACUUUCUGGUAAUUUUGUUUGGAUUUCCGCGAGCGACUUCAAAAACCGAUACAUUCAAGUGACAGGCCACCGGUUGUUUUAAGGAGCCGAACGCUCAGUAUAUCCAGGCGUUGGCCCCAUCCCAACACAAGUGAUGUUUGCCAAGGCAACUUCAAACUUUGUCCAUCAGAUCGACCCAGAUGGAACCUUGAUCCCAGUCUCCCGCCUCAAUGACUCGUACAAGCUGAUUCCCUUGGCGCUGGUUGUCAAGCGCAACCGGUUCUGGUUCUGGCAACAACCAAAGUACCUACCAUCUGACUUCACACUCAGUCAACUGUUGCUAGGGGAUGAAGAGUUAAUUCCAGAGUUGUCUGAGAUAGACUUCCUGUCCUAUGAAGGGAAGUUCGGAGACAACCUGAGCGGGCACCUGGACGCCAAGGCUGGGACCGUCAGUGUCAAUGUGGAGGGGCGUGGCUCCUCCAAGCUCCAAUCAUCAUUCGGAAAGCUGAAGAAGCAGGAAGUUGACAUACAGAAGCUACUUCUGGCAUCUAGUGACAGGAUGGUGGACAUGGAUCAUGUGCUGUUGCAGCAGUGCCAGAAGAGAGCAGAGGUGUUUGCUGUGUUGAAGGAGAGGGUCCUGACCACCACCCCCUGCUCCAUCUCAGAACAGGUGCAGGAGCAGACCACCUGCCAGGGGGUUCUGGGACUGCUGGGCAAACUGGGGACCCGGUCUGUACAGGUGUGCGUAGAGGAGAACAGCAGUAAAGACAUGGACAGUGACGUGUGCUUGGAGAUACCUCCUUACACAGUCAUCGCCUACAGCCUCAUAGAGCUGGACAUCAAGAAGGACGGACACUAUGCGCUGUGUCUACAGCAGGGUACUCCUGGAGGAUUUGAGGCAGACUCUGGAAAGACUGUGGCAUCCCAGGAUUUAUUCAAUUCCCUGUGUGUUGUGGACGGUUUAAUGUGGACGCAGAAUGAGAUUUCUGGAGGAUCACCUCUCAGCACAUUGCAGAACAAUUUGCAGGAGUUAGAGGUCCACCUUGAUCACUUAGCGCUUCUGCCAGUGUUGACCCGGAAUGCAAUGUUCAACAUCAUCCGUGAAGUGCUAAUGGACAGAACCACCCUCAUGGUUCUGGAAAGCACGUUGGAGGGGUUGUGUCGAGGUGAGGAUCCUGUCCUAGCAGCUGUCACUCAGCGCACAUCUGUGUGUGCACUUUUGGAGCUUCUCCAGAAAACCCAAACCAAUCCGCUCCAGGUGGACACAGUCUCCCCUUACCUGACCGCCACUCACAUGCUGGUCAGCGCGUUGGAGGCGUUGCCUGAUGUCUCUCUGACUCUGCUGGGAGAAUGCAGCCCUGACAUCCUGGAAGCCCUCAAUACUCUGAUAACCAAGCUAAAGGUGAACGGUCAGUUCCUUCCUCUUGAAUCGCUGCCCCUCCCCCUGCAGGAUGAGAGUGCAUUCCAUUGGGCAGAACAGAUCCUGCUGUCCUCCAAUGUGAUAUUGCAGAGGGAGACAGAUAGGCUAUGGGCAGAGACUGGAAGAAACCCAAGAGUUCUUCCCUUGGUCAUGUGCAUUGCAGUGCAAGGACUUACAUAUCUUCACAAUCAGAAUGGGUAGUGUGUGCGCGCGCGUGUGUGUGUGCGCACGCGUGUGCGCGCGUGUGUGUGCGCGCGUGUGUGCGCGCGUGUGUGUGUAUGUGUGUGUGUGAAUGGAUGUGUUUAAAUUGUAUGACAUUUUGUUUGAAAAUUCUGUGUCAGUUGUGUUUUGGCCUUUUACGCUUAAUGAAUUCUGUACUUUUGUUGUAAUGUAAAAACAUUUUUAAAAAAAGGUGCCAGAUUAUACCAGAUUUGCACAGGCAACCCUCUGGUUGUUUUGUUAAUGUCAGAAGUCAAAUCCACAGGCGACCAAAUCACAAACUGUCAAAUCCCCGAGCGGCUUUCUGUUUUAGUUUAUUACAGACUCAAUUUUAUAAUUUUAAACCAAUCCCGUGUAAUUUUAAACCAAUCCUGUGUAGCCUCAUGGGAAAACGUUCCAUUGUCUGCACUUGAUUGGGUUAAUGGGCUACUAAUCCCCUCACACAAAUUAACAUGAAAACAUGCAUUGGUUUACACUUUCUGUGGCAGUUUGGAACUUUGAAACUGUAAGGAAGGGUGUGGUUCGUGAUAAGCAGACACUGUAGAUUAGACCGCGUCGGUGUCCGUUUAUUCCCAGUCAGCUGAUUAUCACCACCGACCCAGGUGAACACUUCUGCUCACUCAGUCAAGACCAUGAUGUGACCAUAUAAUAUUAGUUGUUUUUUGUUAAAGCCAUAGAGGAAUUCACUGCAGAAUAUGAAAGCAGGAGACAAGCCCUGGUGUUGCCUUUUCCCCUUCGUUUUUGAAAUGCGCUUUAAGCGGUUUUGUUUCUGCAUGUGCAGACAUACAGACGAAACGGCUAUACAGAAGAUUUUUAUAUUCCAAAAAAAGAAUUAAGUUUAAUAUGCAGUAUAUUGUUGCUUGCUUAUCAUUGUUAGCUAUAUGUAAACUAUGGUAUAAAAACAUAAUUAAGCAAAUCCUACACAUCUAUAAAUUAGUAGUGUGUUUUCUUACUUAUUUUUUAAGUUAAACUAUAUAUUAUAGAUAUAUUCCAGAUUAUACUAUUGAGUAAUGUCAGUUGCUGGUAUUGGUAGAUCUAUUGAUAUGUCUUUGUCAGAAUGUUUAUGUCUAUACCAAUAUGUUGCUUUCUGUAAUUUGUACGUGUGUUUACAAUGCUGCCACAAAAUGAUGCAUUCUGAUUUCAUCCAAAUAUACAGUAUAUUUAUA